CUUGGAUAUGAACGCAAAGGGAGUGAUUCUGAAGGCAUUUGACCAGUACAGACUCAAGACCUGCAUCGACUUCACACCAUGGAAAGGAGAGAAAAACUACAUCUCUGUUUUCAAAGGCAGUGGAUGCUUUUCCUCAGUAGGGAACCGGCGUGAGGGGAAGCAGAGACUGUCUAUUGGUAGAAACUGUGAUCGCUUAGGAACUGUUGAGCAUGAGUUCCUACAUGCUCUGGGUUUCUGGCACGAGCAGUCCAGAUCUGACCGUGACGACUACGUUGACAUCAUGUGGGAUCGCAUUGAACCUGGUAAAGAACACAACUUCAAAACUUAUGAUGACACUUUGUCCAGUGCUCUGGGUGUUCCCUAUGACUACGGCUCUGUGAUGCACUACAGUAAAACGGCUUUCAACAUCGGGUCUGAGCCAACCAUCGUCACCAAGAUCCCCCACUUCUCUGAUGUGAUUGGCCAAAGGAUGGGCUUCAGCUCUAGUGACCUUACCAAACUCAACCGCCUCUACAACUGCACUUUGUCUUCAAGUUUUGUGGACAGCUGUAACUUUGAGCAGGAGAACAUCUGUGGGAUGAUCCAAGGUGCUGGAGAUGCAAAGUGGGAACAACGAAAUUCUGUCGAAGGGGGGCCUCAAAGUGACUUCACUAACAUGGGACAAUGCAAAGGGAAAGGCUACUUCAUGCACUUUAACACUGCUUCUGCUAAUCCUGGAGACCGUGCAUUUCUGGAGAGUCGUAUGCUUUACCCCAAAGCUGGAGCCCAGUGUCUGCAGUUCUUCUUGUACAACACUGGGGCAACUGAUGAUGUUCUCAAUAUUUGGGUGCGAGAAUAUGACGAAACCAACAGUGGUAAAAUGAAACUCUUCAAGAGCAUCUCAGGAGGCAACAAAGGCUCCUGGGAGCUGCAUAAUGUUAAUAUUAAUGUGGAAAAGAAGGCCCGUGUGAUUUUUGAAGGGGUAAGGGGGAAAGGUCCAUCAGCAGGGGGGUUCUCUUUGGAUGACAUCAACCUGUCAUCCACAAAGUGCCCUCACCACAUCUGGCAUAUCCGCGACAUCACCAAACUGUUGGCAACAACACCAGUGGGAACUAAGGUGUACAGCCCUCGCUUUCUGUCUCCUACAGGUUACUCCUUCCAGGUUGGUGUCUACUUAAAUGGAAGGAGUGAUCGUCCUGGAUAUAUGGCUGUCUACUUUUACUUGACCUCAGGACCCAAUGAUCACAGCCUCAAGUGGCCGUGUCCAUGGCACCAGGUGACCAUGGCCCUGAUGGACCAGCAGUCUGACAUCAGACAGCAAAUGAACAUGCACCGUAUGGUCACCACAGACCCCAAAAAGAUGUCCUCUGAUGGUACUGAAUUCUACUGGGACAAUCCCAGCAAAGUGGGCUCCAAAGUGACCGCCCCUGAUGGCAGCUCCUACUACCGUGGCCCCGGUACUGGAACAAGCACCUUCCUCACCCACAAGAGACUGAACAGCAGAAACUUCAUUAAAGGGGACGAUGCCUACUUCCUCUUCAGUCUGGAAGACAUUUCCGAUCUCCUGCUACCUCAGCCUCUUCCCCAGGCUGCCGUUCAUGCCGAUGCCAAAGCUGCAGACCAACAGUUUCCUCCACAGGUGGAUGCUAAAAACUCCACAGUGGUGAUGGCUGUGGCAAUCUCUGUGGCUGCAGCCAUGUUGGUCAUUUCCAUGGUGAUUAUAGGGAACGCACGUAGAAUCAGGAGAAUGGAGAAAAGUCAGCAGGAGAGAGAUGACGCAGUGAUCAUACAGGACAUGCCUGGAUUCAUGGAUUUGACCGAGAACCCCAACAAAGGUUUACCAGCUCAUUUCACUCCAUAAAGUCCUGAUCACAUAAAGAAAACAGCCAGAAGAGUAAUGCCAUCACCAGUGGAUGAUGAUUUCUCCAUCACUAUCAUCAGGAAGUCACCUGACC